AUGGAAAAACUUUUAAAAUGGUCAAUUGAAAACACUGAUCCAUCAAAUGUGCAGCAACAGCCAACUACACAAGAAAAAAAUAAAUUAGAUCCAGAAAUUAUUGAUCUCAUUUUAGGCAAAAGUGAUGCUGUUCAAAUGCGAGAGGCCGUUGAGGCUGUAUCAGAUCCGGAGACAACUUUAGAGGACAAAAGAAUUGCCCUUGAUAACUUAGAAAUGGCAUGUAUCUUUAGAUCUUUUUCUAAUAAACUUGUAGAGCAAGUAGAUAAUGCUAAUGGUAAUAAAAGAACAUAUACUCAUAUUGAAAAUAGGUCUGUAGAUAGGGAACCUGACCGAAGUUGGCAUCCUGGUAUGAAUUUAGCAAAUGGCAUGUCAGAAGUUUCUCUCAGGACACAAGCCUUAUGGGUAUGUGGAACUGCUAUUCAGAAUAACCUUAAGGCACAGAAAGCUUUCUCUGAAAAAGGUGGAUUGGCUAUCGUUUUGAACAUAUUAAAAGAUACAAAUGAAGAUAUAGAAGUUAAGAGUAAAGCUUUAUAUACGUUGUCUGGAGCUAUAAAGAACUAUCCUCCGGGGUUAGCUCAAUUCGAGAAAGACGAGGGAUACGACCUAUUAUUGAGACUGCUAGAUACUUAUAAUGAUACCCAGCUGCUACGCAAAAUAAUUUUUCUUUUCAACACUCUGCUCGUUCAAGAUCCAAAUACUGUGGCAAUGCGAAUAAAAGAAAGAGGGCUUGCCAAAAAGAUGAUUAAUAUAUUAAAUGAAUAUGGAGAUCAAGAUGAAGAUUUAAAUGAUAAAGUUCUUCGUACAUUACUUACUGAAUUACGUCAUUCUUCACAAUCUUUCACCGAAGACGAGAUAAAUGAGUUGAGAAAACUUAUUCCUGGACUCAGAAAAAAAUAUGGGGAAUGCGUUCUAACCCCAAUUGAAUGGGAUGAAUUAGAAAAGCGAAUCCAAUUAUGGAAACCCGAUAUCGAAAGUUAG